CAUCCCCAAAUUUCAGACCAUAUUAAGCCAAAAUUUCAAACCACCACUGCCCGUCGCUCACGUCCACGCCGUCGCCCACCUCCACCGCCGUCGCACACCUCCACCGCGUCGACAACCCAUCGCCGCAAAGCACCGCCUCCUCCGUUGCCGGAUACGCCCUAUUUUUCCCUAAUUACUCCUCGUUUCUGGCGAAACCAUGGUUCUAAGAUAUAGCGAUAUAGCCAUUUCAAUCUCUCACAGACGCUGCCUCCUCCAUUUCUUCAGAUCUGAGAGCUUCUUCCUUUGCUCCAUCUACUCCGUCGAUGCUGCCCUCUUCGCUAUUCCGUCUUGACCUGCCGCCGACCCUGCUAGCCACCACCACCGCCACUGCUACUCCGACUCCGACUCCGGCUCUCCAACUUCUCAGCUCUCAUGGUCUCACCCCUCUCAGGUUCUCCCCUUCAACUCUCGCUUACCGAAUGCACCAUAUUUAUGCUACAAGGAGGGCAUAACUAUUCAUUGUCCACGGUGUUGUUAGGUUAAAGAGCCUCCUUCACUCUGGGAAAAUCCUUAUUCUGCCACGACCUCAUGGAAGGCUUGUGCUGAAAGGCGAAAGGGUAUAAUUUCAUGUGCCAUUUAUGAUGAAUUUUUAUCAGUUUCUUGGUAUCAAUAACGGUGCUGUGGAGUUAGAUGCUUCUAUAAUGGGUGCCCAGCAGCAGGAGGGGAAGAAGACAAAGGUUCCUCUAAAUUCUAGUGACAAGCUAUUCAAAGAGAUACGGAAUCAGAACUUUGAAGUUGUUGUCCAGGUUCUACGUCAAAGAGCAACAUCCAUGAAGCAAGAUUACACUGAGAUGCAGUCUACUUCAAUGCUACAAGUGGAUCCAGCAUGGAUAAGCUAUAUCUAUGCAUUUGCAAUUUUUCAUGGAGUGGUGUGAAUUCAGCAUUUCAAUGCCCUCUCAGCCUCUUGAUCUUGUGUAGUCGUGUGCAACAACCAGUGCAGCAUGGAUAGGCUAUAUAUAUGUAUAGAUUAACCUAUUGUUAAAUUUAGCAUUUUUUUUUUUGCCUUAUACAUUGCAUUAGUAUGUGAAAUAGUAAUGUGAGAUGUAUGUAUUGGUUUUAUUGCUUUUGGUAUAAAGUUUGGGAGAAGAUUAUGGCUUGUAUUAAUUAACUAGUUUUAUACGCGCAUUGUGCGAA